AUGUCAUUGUUGGGCUCUCCUUAUUCAAAUUCUUAUAAUCAGGAUUAUGAAUUUGAUGAUGAAAAAUAUGAAAAUGAAGACGAAAAGGAACAUGAUGACCCACCAGAUGAGACUGAUGAAGAUACUGAAGACGCCAGUGAAACAGAUACAGGAAGGCAAGAAGAACCUCUCGAAAUUAAAGAACAAAUGUAUCAAGAUAAACUUUCUAAUUUAAAGAAAAAACUACAGCAGCUUAAAGAUGGUACCCAUCAUGAUUACAAUAAAAAAGUGAAAAAGCUUGAGUACCAAUACAAAGAACGUAUACGUUUAAAUGUACUCUAUAGAGAUUAUAUGAUUGACUGUGUAGAACGAGAGUACAUACAAGAGAAAAAAGCAGCUGUUCGUGAGUUUGAAGAGAAGAAAAUUGACUUAAAAGAAAACUUGAUAUCAGAUCUUGAAGAUAAGAAAAGAACUGUAGAAGCAGAGAGGUAUACUAUGGAACUUACUGGAGACUCUAUGGAGGUUAAGCCUGUAAUGACAAGAAAAUUACGUAGAAGACCUAAUGAUCCAUUACCUCUGCCUGAGAAGCGUAGAAAACCGCCCACAGCGCAAAUAACUUAUUUAUUGGAAGAGAAAGAUGUAGAAAAUGAUUUAAGACUGAUAAACAAGGGAAAAUUGCCAACACCUGUUAGAAAACAAAGUGAAAAUUCAGGUUCAUCUUCUAGUCCAGGACAUGUUCAGAGUGUCCCUCUUCAACAAACCAGUGAUGUAUCUAUAAUAGAAACUAGAAUAGAAGAUGGCAAAUUAUUGUACGAAAAGAGGUGGUAUCAUCGGGGGCAAUCGAUUUUUGUGGAAGGUCGUGAUAUGCCUAAAUUCCCUGCAAAUAUUUCUGCAAUUGGUAACGAUGCCAUUUGGGUGAAAAAAUCGGACGGCGCGAAAGUUAGAAUUUACACCUCGUAUCUGGCACGGGGUAAAAUUUCUAUUAAGAGAAGAGCGUCUUGA